AUGGAGACCUGCCGGAGACCGGCGCCCCCCUCUCCAUUUUUUUGCGCUCGGAGGGGCCUGAAGGGCAAUAAUGUUCCAAUUAGAAACUGCAGCUCCAGCCAAGCUCUGCUCUAUGGAGCUAUUCAGCAGCGUCGCGUUGCGCCUGGCACGGCUGGCGCGAUCGUGGGGGAAGAUAUCUUAAUGUUAGUGGUGGGGAGGGAGACCCGGCGGAUUCAAGCGGGACGCAACAACAGCACAGGAUCCCCGGAGCUGGCAGGCGGCUCACACCGGGCUUGGGGGUGGGGAACGAAGGGUGAGAGGCUGGUGGCCCACAGCGUGGCUCAGUGGCCACAGGCUCGGACCUAA